AAGAACAAGUGUUCCUAACCACUGUAACAUCUCUCCAGUCCUAAGAAGAUAAUUUCUAAAAAUAACUUUAAAAAUACUGCACCUGACAAGAUUAAUAUCUAGUAUCCCGUGAAUAUCCCAUCUUCACCCUUCUUGAAGCUAAGAUUACAGAACCGACCAGCGCCUCAACGCUAGCUUCAGCCUUCCUCGCAGUCCGCGCCGCACUUCCGGGGGCGGGGCCCAACCGCGGUCGGUUCCCACUGCGCCUGUGCUGUGGCUGAAUUCCCCGAGGCCGGUCGCCGGAAACUGGACUUCUACUUCCGGGCCAGAGCCAUGGCGGUGGCAAAUUCAAGUCCAGUGAAUCCGGUGGUCUUCUUUGAUGUCAGCAUUGGCGGCCAGGAAGUUGGUCGCAUGAAGAUCGAGCUGUUUGCAGACGUGGUGCCUAAGACGGCAGAGAACUUUAGGCAAUUCUGCACUGGAGAGUUCAGAAAAGAUGGUGUUCCGAUAGGAUACAAAGGAAGCACCUUCCAUAGGGUCAUAAAGGAUUUCAUGAUUCAGGGUGGAGAUUUUGUUAAUGGAGAUGGUACUGGAGUCGCAAGCAUUUACCGAGGUCCAUUUGCAGAUGAAAAUUUUAAACUUAGGCACUCAGCUCCAGGCUUGCUAUCCAUGGCAAACAGUGGUCCCAGUACAAAUGGCUGCCAGUUCUUUAUCACAUGUUCUAAGUGUGAUUGGCUGGAUGGGAAGCACGUAGUGUUUGGAAAAAUCAUUGAUGGACUUCUGGUGAUGAGGAAAAUCGAGGUUGGUCCUGCUUGGGUGUCCUCAAAGCCUUUUUGGUCAGGAUCCUUUGUGACCUGUAUUCUGCUUACCCCUCCAUGACCCCUUCUGCCACUGCCUUCUCUGGUCCAGUGGCAUCAAGCUCCUGGCUCUUCUCUAAGGAGAUUGGCCAUUCAGGUGCGUGCCUCCUGUUCUUCCUCACCCUAAGCCUUGGCCACAAUUGUCUCUAUCUGAAGAGUUCCUUCUUUGGGAUCUUUCCUACCCUUCCUGGCCCAGUUGAGAUGCUGGGUCCCUUCUUGGUCAGUGCUCUUCUGACUUGCUACAUUGUUACAUUGUGGGGCUGUAGCCUCUGUGUUACUUUUCUCUUUGAUCUGUUACACUUUACUGUCUAUCAGGACACACUCCACAUCAGUUUGAUAUUGGUCCCUUCCUUAGGGAAUGGAAGCAAGGUGGUGAGCAGGUGCCCAAGUGUAUCUCGUGUUCUUGUG